AUGGCUAUCGCAGCCGCCCUCACCGCUCUGCAGGGCAAGGUCCUGCAGUAUCCCUGGCACUCGCUCGGCAUCGCUGCUGUCCUCCUACCUGUCCUAUACGUCAUUUUGAACGAAUUUAUCCGGUCCUCAGCCCGCGUGAAAGGCUUGAAGGGCCCCCGUGGCCUUCCAUUGAUUGGAAACUUGGCACAGAUCAGAGUCAACGCUGCUGAGCAGUACCGGGCAUGGUCGAAGCAGUUUGGAGCUGUGUACCAGAUCCAGCUAGGCAAUGUUCCUGUCCUUGUGGUGAACUCGGCUGCGUCCGCGAAGUUGCUAUUUGGCCACAAUGCCCAGGCUCUGAGCUCGCGACCGGAAUUCUAUACCUUCCAUAAGAUCCUCUCCAACACCGCCGGUACAACCAUUGGAACUUCCCCAUACAGCGACUCUCUGAAAAGGCGCCGAAAGGGUGCCGCCUCUGCUCUCAAUCGUCCAUCGGUCGAGUCAUACGUUUCACAUUUGGAUGUAGAAUCCAAGGCAUUCGUGGAGGAGCUCUACCGAUAUGGUGCUGGCGGCAACAGCCCGGUUGACCCGAUGCCAAUGAUUCAACGUCUUAGUUUGAGCCUCGCCUUGACUCUGAACUGGGGAGUUCGUAUUGCAUCGCAGGAGGAAGACCUCUUCGAUGAAAUUACCCACGUUGAGGAGGAAAUUAGCAAAUUCCGAAGCACCACUGGUAACCUGCAGGACUACAUUCCUCUUUUGCGCCUGAAUCCCUUCAGCACAAAUACGAAAAAGGCCGCCGAGAUGCGGAUUCGCCGAGACCGAUACCUUGGAUCUCUGAACCGGGAUUUGGAUGAUCGCAUGGCCAGGGGAACCCAUAAGCCGUGUAUUCAGGCAAACGUCAUUCUAGACAAGGAGACCAAGCUGAACGACGAGGAGCUCACCUCCAUCAGCUUGACUAUGCUUUCAGGUGGCCUCGAUACUGUCACUACCCUCGUAGCCUGGAGUAUCGGUCUUCUCUCGUCUCGUCCUGAUGUGCAGGACAAGGCUGCCAAGGCCAUCCAGGAGAUGUACGAACAGAACGAACCACUGUGUUCAGCCGACGAUGAUCAGAAAUGUGAAUAUGUCGCAGCCCUAGUGAGGGAGUGCCUACGUUACUUCACCGUGCUUCGCCUCGCCCUUCCCCGGACUUCGAUCAAAGAUGUCACCUACGACGGCGUCGUUAUCCCCAAAGGAACCGUGUUUUUCUUGAAUGCGUGGGCAUGCAAUAUGGAUCCGGACGUGUGGACCGAUCCUGAUGCUUUCCGACCUGAGCGGUGGCUUGAGCAGCCUGAUGCACCGCUCUUCACCUAUGGCAUGGGAUACCGUAUGUGUGCGGGAUCUCUCUUGGCCAACCGUGAACUAUACCUGGUCUUCAUGCGCAUGCUCAACAGUUUCCGUAUUGAGCCCCAUGAUGAUGUAGACUGGCAUCCUGUUCGAGGGAACUCGGACCCGACAAGUCUGGUCGCCAUUCCACAGAAGUAUAAGGUACGAUUCGUCCCCAGGGACGCUUCUGCACUCGAGAAGAUCCUGGCCCAGCCUUGA